AUGCUAACUCUAAGUCUUCCGACCAUAAUAUUCCAGCAGGAUGUGAUUUAUCCCCAUGUGUGCCCGUGUGAAGUACCUGGAAGUCAUUUUCUCCGAUCCCUUCGAGGCAUUGAAGUAGAAGUAGAUAAACUGAAGAACAGCGAGGCUGCGGAGCUGCUGGUGACCAACCAGGAGGAGGAGUAUGUUGCCGGCAAGGAGCACAUAUUCGACACCCCGCCCACCGAAGAUCCGCACUACAUAGUAUUCGUGCAGCUGCAGCUGUUCAAGAGAUAA